AAAAGGUAUGGAUAUGGGAGAAAAUUAUUUCUUCAAUUCGGCAAAACAUACUGAACAAAAUCUGACGAGCGGAGCUACAGUUGGAGUUGCUCAACUCAGUCUGCGAUGGCAAGAUCGUUAUUACUGCUUCUUGCCUCUUUCUUUCUCUCUCUAACUGCAUCCAACGCCGUCGAUUCUCCGGCCGCUACUGUAUCACUGCCGUCUUGUUCCGAUCACGGGAGCAAAAAGUCUAUUGCGUGCCAUGUGGAAGAGGCGAAGCUAAAAUUCGCGCUAUUAGAAUCCAUACUCGAGGAAAAAAUUGGAGAUCUAAACGCCAGAACUCAGUAUCUCGGUGAUUGCCAGAGGAGAAUCGAGGAGUUCUCAUCAGAGAUUGAUCGUCUAAAAACCGAGCUGUCCAAUUUAAAGGAAGAUCAGUCGCGUAAUGAUGUGAAGCUCAGUGCUCUUGAGGAAGAGGUCAGACUUCUCUGGGCAGCCUCUCGUCAGAAAAACUUUGAAAUCUACGAUUUGGAGCAAAAAGCAUUGGAUGCUGAAAGAAGGUUAGAAGCAGUUGCUUCACAAGUUGAAGAGACAUCUCAAAUUGUAACAGAACAAUGGAUUCAAAUUCAGAAAUUUGAGCAGGCUCUUUACAUGGUGGAGGUGCAGACAUCAAAAAUUAGAAAGGAACUCUGGAAAAGAUGCCCAGUUGUUAAGUUCUUUAUAAAUCUUUACAGUGAUUUUUGCAAAUCACUGAUGGGGAUCUUGGAUCCUUAUGUCCCGCGAGAUGGAUCUAUAUUUUCUAGUUUGAAAUCUAAAGCCUUUCAGACAUUUGCAGCUGCGAAGCAUUACCAUUAUCAGUUGCAAGGAUUUGUAAGACAUGCAAUCGAGAGCCAUGAACUAACUGCAUCUCUUGCUCACGAGGAGGUUGUAUUUUUUGUGGCAUCAUCUCUCGUUGUUUUCCCUGUAAUGAUGGCUUGCAUGUUACUACUAUCACAAUUUAGCUAGCUGGAAACAGAGAUGGCCUUGCGGAUAGAGGAAGUCGAUAGGGACAUAUCUUCGGGAAAAUGCUGUGGAAUUAGGGACUAUCUUGGUUUUGGAAUUAGGGACUACCUUGGUCAUUUCCUGUGAAGAUCUUAAGGAUAUUUCCAAUAUUAAAGCUUUCAUUAGCGUUUCGUUCGUGCAUUGCUUCAACUGUCAAAAGUUGAGUUUUCAUGGCUGGACCGACUGGAAGGUUCGUGCAUUGCUUCAACUGUCAGAAGUUGAGUUUUCAUGGCUGGGCCGACUGGAAGGUUCUGCAGUUUCAGAAUACUAACAUCUUUCAGUAGGACUGCUUCUUAUAUAGUCACAUUUCUUUGAGGUGGGAAAAAAUGCUUUGGUGUUUGAUGCUGGUCAUAGAGAACCGUUUUAGACAAUAGCUUUUAAGUACGUAUUGUUAAUUCAACCAGUUAAAACAUUGGGGUUUAUGCUUUCCCACGUUAUUUUUUAAGUAUUGUGUUUUUUCCAUUCCCACACUCAUAAGAUAAAGUAAUUUGAGUAUUUGUACUGA